UGGUCACCCCUCACCUCUCCUCUCCUGCCAUGGCUUACAGCUCUGCCGUGAAUGCUGGACCAGUCCCGGAGCAGUUCGUGGAUAAGGAGGUCGAAUCCCGGACUGUGAGGGUGUAUUCGACUGCUCGUUUUACCUCUGUGCCAGACUUUGCUCGCCUGUUAACUGCUGCUGUGCCUGACUUUGCCUUGAGUGAUUGCCAAGCCAUAUGGAGGACGGAACGCUCCGGCCAGGUGUAUGUGACUUUGAAAUCUGUUUCUGUGGCCCGAAAAUUGCUGGACUUGAAAUGUGUCUCCACUGGUGAUGAGAAGUUGUACUUUUAUGCAUAUGGUGUCUUCAUGGUUCCCUUGCGGAUCCAUUGGCUGCAUGCUACCGUUACUAGUGACUUUCUCAAGGAUUUCUUCAGCCGUUAUGGUCGUGUGUUGGACGCCUUCCGGGAGUUUAUUGAUGUGGAUGGUGUUAACAUUUUCACUGGUGUCCGUAUUGUACGGAUGGAGCUCACGGAUGCUGAACGUACGUGUAUCCCUCAUAUUGUGCGGUUUGGGGAUAAGCAGUCCAUGCUUGUUACAGCUCCGGGUCGUCUGCCUAUCUGCCUCAAGUGCCACUCCGUUGGUCAUGUGCGUGCCCGUUGUCCCGGUUCGGAUGUACCUACCCCUUCUACCGGAAAUUCUACUGUGGCUCCUGAUGUUCCUGACGUUGUCGACCCUGAUGUGAUGGACGUGGAACCUGUUGAUACUGUUGUUGCUGGCUGUGCUAGUGUUGUUUCCGUUACGGAGUCUGUGGCUGGUGUUGAUUCGUUGGAUGACCGACCCCGGGUUGUGGUUUCUCUGCCUGAAGUCAGUGUUGUUGAUGGGUCCAAGGUUGACAGUGACAUGGAUGGUUUGUCAGCCGAUUCUGACGUUGAGAAUGACGAUGCCGUGGAGCCUCAACCCGUUGUCCCUCCUACCAAGAAGCAGUGUACACGUGAUCUUCCAGGUGCUGGAGUGUUUGAGAAGAGGAAGCAGGUUGCUCGUGUCUCUGUGUCUCCUUCUUCCCCCGUUAGUUGGGCCGAUCAGCAGUCUCAGUCUGACGUUCUGCUAGCUCAGAUCCCUCUGGACUCUCAAGGUGGUGAUAGUGCUGGAUUUCCGCCUCUGCCUCGUGGUACCGUUAGUGCGCGUGGCCGUCGGGUUGCUCCCCCUCAAGUCGUCAAGGAGGUUUCCCCGUCUGCGUCUGACUCUGAUUCCGAUGAAGAGCGUCUUUGGUUCUUCAAACUGCAUGUGUCUCCUAACAAGUCUGGUGCUGGUCUUCAAGUGCAUGUGGACACGGGCCAUUGGGAUGAAUGUGUUUUCGAUUUCCCUAAGGAAGGGCGUGAGAAGUUGAGGGUUGCUGUUGGGAACGUUCUUGUGAAGAAAGUGAACUUUUUCCGUCAUCGUUUUCCUUUCAAGCCAAACCAAACUCAUGGUAGCUUUGUGAUUUCCUUGUGUGAGGAGGAAUUUCGCUCUGGUGUUCCGAAGGAGCCUGUGGACUUAGUUGUUUGUGCUUAGUGUUUCCUGCCAUGUCCAUCGCUUGAUUCUGAUAUAUUUUUCCUCUUUUAGAUGAUUCUCUGUUAGCACUGCAGGGCCCACAACUGUGAUAAUUUUAGGCGGCCCUGCAGUGACAGCGCUGUACGCGCCUGUACUAAAUUCUCUUUAGGUAAUAAAUUUUAU